CCCGGAAGUACUUGUUUUUAUCUAAGGAGGUCAAAAUGGCGACUCGCUGCAUGUGAAGGGGUCGUAACGGGAACCGGUUUUAUGAUUCGAGAUCAUGUAUAAAACACCAUGUAGCAGGCUGUCAGGUUUUGUUGGUGUAAGUGUGAAACAGAAACUAGCUCGAAAUGUUCCUCGAUGCAACCAGAUUGCUCGCAGCCUUAUUCAGUUGCACAGAAGAGAUCCUUCAAACUGGCUGACGUAUCAACAUUUUAACUUCCUCAAACGUCAGUAUGUUUCAAAGAACACGAGUGAGCUUCACCAGCGAGCCAUCCCCAAACAAGCACCUGUCCUGACUAUUGUGGAUGAGAGAGAUGACAGUGUUGAAAGACAAGUGGAGCGAGUACCAACCAUCAAUCCUGCAGCUACAGAUGCUGGUCCACAGGCAGAGGAUGCAACCCAUAAGCCUCAAGAUAAACUCUCCAUCUUGAAGCACACUGCAGAAAAUGCAACAGCGCAGAAUGUUUCCGUUUCCCAUAUGACUGGAACUCCAGAUGAGCCUCCACAUGUCCAGGUUGAGACUGAAGAAGAAAAACAGGCACGUCUAGAUAGACAGUGGAAGCAGUUGAAGGUUGAUAGGGCUGACUUACCGGAUAUCUAUGCAAGACUUUCAAAAAUUAAACUAACAGCUCUGGUGGUUACAACUGCAGCUGCCGGCUUUGCAAUGGCUCCGGUGCCCUUUGAUCCAGUCAUGUUUUUCGUGUCAUCUUUGGGAACAGGCCUUGCCUCUUGUGCUGCCAAUUCAAUUAACCAGUACUUCGAGGUGCCCUUUGACUCCAACAUGAACAGAACAAAGAACCGUCCGCUCGUCAGAGGACAGAUCAGCCCCCUCCACGCAGUGUCCUUUGCUCUGGCCUGUGGAGUGCCAGGAGUCGCUCUGCUCACGCUGGCAGUAAACCCCUUGACAGGCUUCCUGGGCGCCCUCAACAUCUUUCUCUACACCUGUUGCUACACACCGCUCAAGAGACUCAGCAUCACCAACACGUGGGUGGGUGCCGUUGUGGGGGCGAUACCUCCUGUGAUGGGCUGGACUGCGGCCACAGGUUGUCUGGAGCCAGGUGCUUUGUUGCUGGGUGGUUUCCUGUACAGCUGGCAGUUUCCCCACUUCAACGCCCUCAGCUGGAACUUGAGGGAAGACUACUCCCGUGGUGGCUAUCGAAUGAUGUCCGUCACCCACCCUGCCAUGUGCAAGCGGGUGGCCCUACGGCACAGCCUCGGUCUGAUUGGUCUGUCAACUUUAGCGCCCGUGCUGGAUGUCACCACCUGGACCUUCCCCAUCAUCUCCUUACCCAUCAACCUGUACAUCAGCUACCUGGCCUUCCGGUUCUACCACAAGGGAGACCGCAGCAGCGCCCGAAAGCUGUUCUUUUGCAGCCUCUGGCACCUGCCCAUGCUGCUGCUGCUGGCACUCACUUGUAAAAAGUAUAGCAGUAAUCAGGAGGGCGCCGCUCUACCUCGGGCCUUUUUACCCCUCACAUUUCCAGCCAGCUAAUUUCAUAGAUAACCCAUGACAUCAAAGACAGCUGUGGGACCCUCAUUUUAACCACAAUACUCCUUUAGUGGCUUACUUCAGUUGGACGGGAAUGUGAUCGGUGCUGACUUUCAUAUCAGGACAUGAGCUGGAAGCGGUAGCUGAAUUACAGAAAACACACUGAAUUAUUACAUCAGGUUGUAAUCAUUUGAAUGUGUGUGUACUGUAUAUAUAUAUUCUGUAUUUAUUUAUAACGGGGCCCACUAGUUGAUCUCUCUUUUACAUGACUGAUGUUGACAUACUGUAGAGUAUAAAUUGUACAAAUGCAAAAAUCAAAUCAUCAAACGAAAUGUUUUAUUUUCAGUCAGUGUGUAUAAAAACAGGACGAAUCAAAGUUUAUCCGGAAGCUGCAGCAUAGCAGUUAUGUCGACUUUUGCUCGACUUUCACUUGAUCCCUGAUACUUGACGGUUAAUAGGCCUUGUUGCGUUUUGCUUUUACACUGAUGGGUCUCGAUUCGUUAACACGAUGCUUUAAUUCCACAUGGUUUGCCUGCACCAAAACAAAGGGAAGGCUUUCACCCCUGUAAGGAACAAGGGCAAAUGCUCUCUGACAAUAAAUACGUCAUGAUCGUGA